AUAAUUUUCCAACAACACAGCGAGGUUAGUUGCACCGUUGUCACUGUCAUUAUAAAGUAAAACUAAUGGAGUCAUCAGGUUAAACUUUGAUACGGAGACGAGUAAAAGUUCUUUAAAUACCAUCGAAGGAAACGCGCACGUUUUUUUUGACCUAUAGCUGCAUCCAACCAGUCUGGAUAAUGGACGGCCAAGUGACAGUAGUAACCAAUCCCACUGUGAAUGUGCGCCUAACAAGCACCAUCUCCUCAUUUGAGGUGCAGCGCAGGUUCAACAGAGGGAUUGGUAUUGCAGAGCUGAAGGGAAAGUUAGAGAUGGUUGUGGGUGCUCCUGCCUCCCGCAUGGACCUGGAGUUAUUCAGUGUCUCUGACAAGUUCCUGCUGAAAAUGGACAACAAUGAAGCUUUGCUGGGUUCAUAUCCUGUGGAUGAUGACUGCAGAAUACACGUUAUUGAUAAAAGUGGAGGUCAGAUGGGCGAGUUCACUGAUGUUUCUCAAGUGGAGAAGUUUGAACUAUCAGAUGAAGCUUAUAAUAAGAAAACAGACUCAGCAAGGUCAUUUAUGAAGAAACAACGUGUGGGUCGCUUCAAUGAGGAAGAAGUGGCCAAGAAGAAAGCUCAGCAUGCUGCUCAGGAGGAAGAACAGAAGGCUGCUGCUGAUGCUAUUUCUGUUGGCAGCCGAUGCAAAGUGCAGGUCCUUGGGCAACCCACGAAGCUUGGCACAGUCAUGUAUGUUGGUACAACAGAUUUCAAGCCAGGCUAUUGGGUUGGUGUGAAGUACGAUGAGCCCCUGGGAAAGCACGAUGGAACCGUUGGAGAAAAACGAUACUUUGAUUGCGAGAGCAAAUAUGGUGCAUUUGUGAAGCCCCUGAAUGUGAUCGUGGGAGACUUUCCUGAGGAGGAUUACGAUCUAGAUGAGAUUUAGGAUUAUGUAGUUUGUCUGCCCUGAAAUUUAAGCAUCAAGUUUAAGUUAUCAACUCAUCAACCAAGAUAUGAUGAUGUCUUUUUUUUUUUUUUUUUUGUAACAAAUGUUUUCUUUUAAUGUCUUGUGCUUCCCUGAAAGGCAUGAGCCAAAGGCAUUUUAGCCUCAGUAAUUUAAGUGCAACACGACAGAAGUGACUGUCAGGUAGUAGUCUCUUGGUGUACAGGAUAUGAUAAUAAUAGAUAAAGGAGAGUAUUUGUUCAUGUGAGGAAGCAUAAUGAAGGUUGAUAUGUCAUUCUUCACUUCACGCAUUUAUGUUCAAUUUAAGUUUCCUCCUUUGGUAGUACUUUCUGCUCCCAUGCUUCCUCAAGGUGGAAGUCUACAAUGUCAUCUGACAGUCUGUUGACAGUUUGGAUACCCACUAUAUUUCUCCUCCUUUAGUUUAUAUCAGUGUGUACAAAAAUGAUUGUAUACAACUGUUUAUAGUUAACUGUAGUCUUAACAUUUUUUUGAAGACUGUAAAUUGCUGAGAGAGUGGUCCAAGGAUUGGACGACUGUCUGCUGAAGGAAAAAUUUACCCUAAAAUGUUUUGACACUAAAAUCAGAAGUGGCAUUGUUGCUUCUAGCCAUGACUAAUAGGAUGUUCAGUUGAGUUACACUGGAGGAACGUUUCCAGUCAUUCAUUAAAAUCAGUCUUCAAUGUUGAAAUUCAUUCUGUAAUUUUUCAAUAACAAUUGACAGACAAGAAAUUUCACAGUUACAGAGGAAAAAAAGCUAAAUCCCCACCAACAGUAGCCUCAACAGUCCAAAGUGAAACACAGCUGUUAGUUGUAUUAGGUAGCACCUUCACCUUUUUGAGCAAAAACUCUUGCUACUAUUUGCUUCACUUGCAGUUAUUGCUGUCAACAUAGGUGUACAAUGUCUGGAAUAAGAACGUCAUAGUAUGCAAGGGUAUAUUUCCUCACUAGAUGGCUUAAAAUUCCUUUGAUUUCAUUUUGUGUUUGUAUGUGGUUUGUACAACAGUCCCAUUUUUAGGCUUCUAGGUGGAUAUAAGAUGUAAUUCCCCUUUAUUUUUCGGACUGAAUUCCUCUUGUUAAAAAUUGAGUUGUCGGCACUUUAAUGUAUCCUGCUUAUAUUGAGCCACUGAAAUAAAAAUAAAAAAUGUUUCAAGAUUAAAAUUUAAAAUGGCAGGGCUACAUUUUACUUUUGUAUUAUUAAUGUUAUUAUUAUUAUUAUUAUUAAUAAAAUGUGAUAUCAGAUCAAAUUAAUCUACUUAAUUUAAGUUAAUUUAAAAUAAUUUAAGAUAAGCUUUCCUGGAUACAAAGGGAAUGACAAAAUCCAAAAAUAAGUCCAAUAGUUAUGGAGAGUGUAUUCUUGAAAAAGACCAGUGAAUUCCCCAAAAAAGUCUAAUUGGAUGCUGAACCUUGUUUGCGUCCUUAGAUGUUUGUCAGAGAACUCAACCUGAACUGUUAUCUCGAUUUUAACAUAUAUCAAAGAUUCAAAAUAAUAUUCAAUUUCAAGUCUCACCUAACAACAGGCAUUUAUUUUUAAAAUUCUUUUGUUUUUGUUUUUUUAAUCCCUGCAGUUCCAUAUAAGCACGACACAUUGAAUUUCACCCUGUUUCAAGCAGUACAAUAGCUGUUAGCACUAGUGUUACACUAGUUACUUUUUUUUGUCCUCUAAAGCUUACAGAGGAAAUAUAAACAAAUUAUUCUUCUGGUUUCUUUUCAAUGAAAUGUCAUGAUCACAUCUAUAAAAAUUGAGUGUUGUUCUCUUUUCCUUUUUCAAAACCUCUGUUAAUCUCUAAGGUGCUGGUGUUACUAUGUGCCAAAAGGGUGAUAGCAACAUAAUAAAAAUAAUUUGCCAGUGCAGUAGUUUAUCGGAUUGAGUUGAUAUGUCUGUAUGUGUAAUGUAACAUGAACCAUUUACACACUGUCUGAAACUUAAUUUAUUACACUUAUAUUUACUUCA